UGUGUUUACAACAUGAUGUCGCGAAGCGGUUGUGUUGAAAUUUCUUCAACAAUGGAAACAAGUUAGGUACCUUUGACGAUGGCGUCUAAUUAGCGAGAGUCGCCUUCUUUCACCGUGUUACAUAGAGUCACAUGUUACAACCCUGAAGCUUUCCAUUCACUGAAAAUGUCUGAUGCUUGCAGCUCUGAACCUGCCGGAGCCAUCAAGGCCAUUGACAAGCACUCAGUGCAUCAGAUCUGCUCGGGACAGGUGGUGCUGACUUUGGCCACCGCUGUCAAAGAGCUGGUGGAAAACAGCAUCGACGCAGGGGCCACCAACAUUGAUGUCAGGCUGAAGGAGUGUGGAGCUGAACUAGUCGAAGUGUCAGACAAUGGCAAAGGAGUAGAAGAAGCCAAUUUCGAAGGACUGACGUUGAAGCAUCACACGUCAAAGCUGAGAGACUUUUCUGAUCUCAUCCAUGUGGAAACAUUUGGCUUCAGAGGUGAAGCUCUCAGCUCUUUAUGUGCUCUGAGUAACCUGAGUGUGGUGACAUGCCACGAGUCCAGCCAGGUGGGAACCAAGCUGGUGUUUGACCAUAAAGGUCACCUAGUGCAGCAAUCACCCCAUCCCCGGCAGCAGGGCUCCACAGUCAGCCUGCAGCAGCUCUUCUACACCCUGCCUGUUCGACACAAGGAGUUCCAACGCAAUAUUAAGAAGGAGUACGCCAGAAUGAUACACAUCCUGCAGUCCUACUGUAUCAUAUCGACAGGAGUGCGUAUUACCUGCACCAACCAAAAUGGGCAGGGAAAGCGCAGCACAGUCCUCGGCACCAGUGGCAGCCAGAGUAUGAGAGACAACAUAGGGGCCAUAUUUGGACCAAAACAGCUACAGAGUCUUCUGCCCUUUCAGCAAGUGUCGCCGACAGAAAAUGUUAUUGAAGAAUAUGGACUCAAAGAUGCAGAUCUACCCAAACAGAUGUUUUCCAUCACAGGGUUUGUGUCACGAGGAGACCAUGGUGUUGGGAGAAGUGCCACAGACAGGCAAUUCUUUUUCAUUAACAACCGGCCAUGUGAUCCCCUGAAGGUGACCAAGAUUGUGAACGAAGUGUAUCAUAUGUACAACAGACAUCAGUAUCCAUUUGUUGCCUUGAACAUAGCUGUUUCCUCAGAAUGUGUGGAUGUGAACGUCACCCCGGACAAGCGACAGAUUUUCCUUCAGGAGGAGAAACUCUUGCUGGCUAUUCUGAAGACAUCUCUUAUCAACAUGUAUGAGGCUGGAGUCAAUAAGAUCAGCCUGAACUAUACACCCAUACCCAGCAUCAAUACAAAAGCAUCUGAAAUCUGUCAGCUUGUUCCAUCUAAUGAGAACACGGGAGAACCUGGAAAGGAACCAGUCACUCAGAGCCCAAAGUCAUCCCUAAACCUGGCCGGCCUAAAAGCUGCCUUUUCAAGUCAUCAGAGCUCCAAUUCUGGGAACAAGUCAAGUGUGGGCAAAGCUGCUAACUUUGGCCCAGCACAGAAAACACUACAGUCUUUUUUUAAGGGCACCGUCAAACCUCCUUCCAGCACCCCGAGUGUGAAAUCUCCUGCGAAACCCGCAAGAGAUCCAGCAAAAUGCUUCGCAGUGGGAAAGUCGGUGCUGGAUGCGUUCAGGUACGGAACAACACUCAGUGAUACAGACUCUGAGAGAGACAGUGCUGUGUCCAGUUGUGACGUUACCAUGACAACGCCAGAUAUUCAGGAUUCUGGUCUGGAGUCCAGUUCUCCUGAACCAGCUGCUGACGGACCCAGUGUAAAAGAUGAGACAUUUGAAGAAACGUCCGACAAUAGUCACGUUGUUUCUGAAAAAGCGGAGUUUCAGGCUGAGCCGUGCACUUCCAUUGAGGACUACGCUGUAAGCCCAGAUGCCAAGAAGGCCAGGACAGAGACACCACAUUUCCCGACAGAACACAAGUCCAACACUUUUUCAAACCGUUUUGAGAAAUCCUCCUUGACAGUGGACGCUCCGGUCUGCCGACAGAGGAGGACGGUGCCUCUCCAGUUCUCUUUUCAGGAGCUUGUAGGGAAGACGAAGAGGUUACAGGAUCAGCAGAAACAGAGGGCCGGGGAGGAUCUGCGCUAUCGACGCUUCAGGGCCAAGAUCAACCCUGGAGAAAACCAGAGUGCAGAGGAAGAGCUCAGGAAAGAAAUAAGUAAAGACAUGUUCAAACAGAUGGAGAUCAUCGGUCAGUUUAACCUGGGCUUCAUUAUCGCCAAACUAAACUGGGACAUCUUCAUGAUUGACCAGCAUGCCACAGACGAGAAGUACAACUUUGAGAUGUUGCAGCAGCACACCGUGCUCCAGGGACAGAAACUCAUAGUCCCUCAGAAGCUUCACCUCACUGCUGUCAGUGAAAAUGUUCUCAUAGAGAACAUUGAGAUUUUCAGAAAGAAUGGCUUUGAAUUCCUCGUCGAUGAGGACGCUCAGGUGAUGGAGAGGGUUAAGCUGGUGUCUCUGCCCACCAGUAAAAACUGGACAUUUGGCCCAGCUGACAUUGAAGAGCUGAUCUUCAUGUUGAGUGACAGCCCAGGGGUCAUGUGUCGACCGUCCCGCGUCAGGCAGAUGUUUGCCUCCCGAGCCUGUCGAAAAUCUGUGAUGAUUGGCACUGCUCUGAGUGUCAGUGAGAUGAAGAAGCUCCUGGUUCACAUGGGGGAGAUUGAGCAUCCAUGGAACUGUCCUCACGGCAGGCCCACCAUGAGACACCUCGCCAACCUGGACAUCAUCUCACAAGACUGACCGUGUCAAGGAAGGAACUGUUGGAGAAUUGCACUUUACACUAGCUUGCUGUAACAGGAACAGUUGUGCUUUCAUUCCAGUUUAUUUCUGUUGAACAGAUAGAGAGAUUGAGACCAAGUAGAAGAUACUCUAUAUUUGUAUGGUUCAAAUUCUUGAUAUUGACUGUUAAGAAUGUUUUUCAUAGUAUCUGUUAAGAUAUGUUGGGUUUUAUUUGUAUUUUGCAUCAUAAAAUAAUAGUUUUUAUAUUUUAAUACUGGAUUAAUAGAGGAAAUAAACAAGGUAUUUUGCAUCAUG